UAAUAAUUAACUUCCGUAAAUUUGUUAUAUAAGACAUCAUGUCGAUUGAAGUAUUAUCUGGUAAAGUUUUCUUGGUGAUAACUGGUGCGAGUCGUGGUAUCGGUCGUCAAAUUGCAAUAACAUUCGGUCCGCUAUUGCAAGAGGGCUCGCAUAUCCUUUUAUUAGCAAGGAACCUGAAUAGUUUACAAGAAAUCGCGAAAAAUAUAUCUUCUAAAGUAACAGUUCAUACUGUUAGUAUGGAUCUUGGUGAAGUGACGAAAACCGAUUUUGAAAAGACUAUAUUGGGAUGUCUAAAAGAAACCACUCGCGACGCAUUUGAUCGAGUAGUUGUAGUGCAUAAUGUAGGCACUAUAGGCGAUGUUACAAAACUUACAAACGAAAUGCUGGACAUAGACUACUGGAAACAAUAUUAUACUCUAAAUUUAUUUCUGCCCGCUGUUUUGAACGCAGUAAUUAUGAAUUUGUUUGACGAAAGCACAAAUACUAAGAAAGUAGUUAUCAAUAUUACAUCUCUCUUUGCUAUUCAAGUGAAUGCGGCUUGUGGUUAUUAUUGCUCGGUGAAAGCAGCACGAGAAAUGUUCUUCAAGGUCUUUGCCUUAGAAAAUCCCGAUGUUAAUGUCUUAAAUUAUUCACCGGGACCAGUUGAUACAGAUAUGUUUCAAAUAGUAUGUGAAACGGUCAAGAAUCCCGAGACUAAGAAAAGAUUGAAACACAUGCAAGAAACCAACACUGUAUUGACUACAGAACAGACAGUUAAGCGUUUAUUGAAAAUCUUGAAAGAACAAAAAUAUAACGCAGGUGAUCGCAUAGACUAUUUCGACAAUUAGAGUAGCGGCGAUGGUACAA